CGGGGAGCCUGCAGGAGAGGGCUGUUAAAGAAAAAGAGGUGCCACCCUGGAUCUUCCUUCUGUAAAAGGAAAAGUCCUUAACCCCUCCUGCCUUCUCCCCUGCCUGCUGCGUGUGCCUGCCCAUUCUAAGCAGACUCAUCCUACCUUUGGGCAGUAAGCCCUGUGAUCCCUGUCUCCUCGCCUGCCCCAUAUCCCUGCAGCCUGCUCGCUCUCCCACCCACCCCUUGGUCCAGGUCCAGCCAUCUCCUCUCUUUGUUCUGCCCUCUGGGUGCUUCCUUACCUGUUCCCCAGGGUCUUUCCCUGGCAGUUCACUCAGUUGCCUGGGCUCUAGAAACCAGCCUCUAGGGGCAGAGGGCAGCGCGAGGAAGCCCUGAGAAAAGGGUGGCCGUGCCAGGUUAGAGAAUGAGAGCGAGAAUUCUCCUGGGACCGCGGCCUUUCUGUGCGUGUUGACCAGGCCCUUUCCCUGACUUCCUACCCCUCCUGGGGCUCUGUCCCACCAAAAAGGGAAAGAGACAGCUGAGAGCCGACUGUGGGGUUUGGGGAAAGGCUAUGUCAUCAGCUGGCCCAGUGCCUAUGAUCCAUCCGGCUGCUGGAGAUUCUCCUCCCCUGGGCAAGUCCCAUUAUUUUUUUAAAGGAAAACAAAACUGGGAUUUUUGGGAAGCAAUGAGACACCAUCUAAGUCCUACCAACAGAGCUCCUGGCUGAAUGGCUUAUAGCUCAGCCAAUCGCAGAAGCUCGAGAUGCUUAAAAGCGCUGGCGCGCGGAGAGAGGCUGGGAAGGACCCACGGGGAGACCCACAGACACAUAGACACGGGCAAGAGAGGAGGAGAGAGACAGAGACAAAGGCACAGCGGACGAAGCCAGAGACAGGGCAGGCCCAGAGGAAGGCCAGAAAGUGUGAGGGGCACAGGGAGGCCCGAGGGGCUGCAGGAGGCACGGGCAGGGGGAGACAAAGACCCGGGAGAGGAGGGGGUGCGAGAGGAGUUUGGAGGAGCCAGGCCACCGGGCGCCUCUCCGCAGCCGAAGGGCCAGGUUCCCUCCAUCUCCUCGGACGGUCCGGAGCCCUCCUGCAAACUCUGCCUCUGACCCUGGCACAAGUCCGAGCCCCCAGGCUGCGGAGAGGAGUUUUCCAAAGCCGGGGCGGGGAGAACUUGGUGCGCAGCCGGCCUCCAUCCCUCCCGGGCCGCGGUGCCAGUGCCAUGGCCCUGACGGACUGGUGGCCCCGGAGAGGCUUGGCGGGGUGCUGGCCGUGGGGCGCCGGGCCCCGCCUGCCAUUGCCCACGCUGCCCAUGGCCCGGCCGGCGGCGCGCCUGCUGCUGCCGCUGCUGCUGAGCGCCCUGCUGCCCUCGGGCCGCCCGGCCGGCCCCCUCCCCUGGGAGGAGGAGAUCGUGUUUCCCGAGCGGCUCAACGGCAGCGUCCCGCCAGGGCUGGGCUCCCCCGCCCGGCUUCUGUGCCGCCUGCCCGCCUUCGGGGAGACGCUGCUGCUAGAGCUGGAGCAGGACCCCGGCGUGCGGGUCGAGGGGCUGACGGUGCAGUACCUGGGCCGCGCACCUGAGCUGCUGGGGGGCGCAGAGCCGGGCACCUACCUCACCGGCAGCAUCAACGGAGAUCCGGAGUCGGUGGCGUCCCUGCACUGGGACGGGGGAGCCCUGCUAGGGGUGCUGCAGUACCGGGGGACCGAACUGCACAUCCAGCCCCUGGAGGGGGGCUCCCUGAACUCCGCCGGAGGGCCCGGGGCUCACAUCCUACGCCGGAAGAGUCCAGCCAGCGGCCAGGGCCCCAUGUGCAACGUCAAGGCUCCCCCAGGGAAUCCCAGCCCCAGCCCUCGAAGAGCCAAGCGCUUUGCUUCACUGAGUCGAUUUGUGGAGACUCUGGUCGUGGCCGACGACAAGAUGGCAGCAUUUCAUGGCGCAGGCCUGAAGCGCUACCUGCUGACGGUCAUGGCCGCGGCAGCCAAGGCCUUCAAGCACCCAAGCAUCCGCAACCCCGUCAGCCUGGUGGUGACUCGGCUCGUGAUUCUGGGGCCCGGCGAGGAAGGGCCCCAAGUGGGGCCCAGCGCUGCCCAGACCCUGCGCAGUUUCUGCGCCUGGCAGCGAGGACUCAACACCCCUGAGGACUCGGACCCUGACCACUUUGACACGGCCAUUCUGUUCACCCGGCAGGACCUGUGCGGGGUGUCUACUUGUGACACUCUGGGCAUGGCCGACGUGGGCACUGUGUGUGACCCGGCUCGGAGCUGUGCUGUCGUGGAGGAUGAUGGGCUUCAGUCGGCCUUCACUGCUGCUCAUGAACUGGGCCACGUCUUCAACAUGCUCCAUGACAACUCAAAGUCAUGUGCUGAUCUCAAUGGGCCUGGGAGCACCUCCCGCCAUGUCAUGGCUCCUGUCAUGGCUCACGUGGACCCCGAGGAGCCCUGGUCCCCCUGUAGUGCCCACUUCAUCACCGAGUUCCUGGACAACGGCUAUGGGCACUGUCUCUUAGACAAGCCAGAGGCUCCCCUGCAUCUGCCUGACUUUCCCGGCAAGGACUAUGAUGCUGAUCGCCAGUGCCAGCUGACCUUCGGGCCCGACUCGCGCCAUUGUCCGCAGCUGCCGCCGCCCUGUGCUGCCCUCUGGUGCUCUGGCCAUCUCAAUGGCCAUGCCAUGUGCCAGACCAAGCAUUCGCCCUGGGCCGACGGCACCCCCUGUGGGCCAGCACAGGCCUGCAUGGGUGGCCGCUGCCUCCACGUGGACCAGCUGCAGGACUUCAACAUCCCACAGGCUGGUGGCUGGGGUCCCUGGGGACCGUGGGGCGACUGCUCUCGGAGCUGCGGGGGCGGCGUCCAGUUCUCCUCCCGGGACUGCACAAGGCCCGUCCCACGGAACGGUGGCAAAUACUGUGAGGGCCGCCGUACCCGCUUCCGUUCCUGCAACACCCAGGACUGCCCGACUGGUUCAGCACUGACCUUCCGUGAGGAGCAGUGUGCUGCUUACAACCACCGCACUGACCUCUUCAAGAGCUUCCCGGGGCCCAUGGACUGGGUCCCGCGCUACACCGGUGUGGCACCCCGGGACCAAUGCAAACUCACCUGCCAGGCCCGGGCCCUGGGCUACUACUAUGUGCUGGAGCCGCGGGUGGUAGAUGGGACUCCCUGUUCCCCGGACAGCUCCUCUGUGUGUGUCCAGGGCCGCUGCAUCCAUGCUGGCUGCGACCGUGUCAUUGGCUCCAAAAAGAAGUUUGACAAGUGCAUGGUGUGCGGUGGGGAUGGUUCUAGCUGCAGUAAGCAGUCUGGCUCCUUCAGAAAAUUCAGGUACGGAUACAACAAUGUGGUCACUAUCCCCGCGGGGGCCACGCAUAUCCUUGUCCGGCAGCAGGGGACCCCCGGGCUCCGGAGCCUCUACCUGGCCCUGAAGCUCCCCGAUGGCUCCUACGCCCUCAAUGGCGAAUACACGCUCAUGCCCUCUCCCACGGAUGUGGUACUGCCCGGGGCAGUCAGUCUCCGCUACAGUGGGGCCACUGCAGCCUCUGAGACGCUGUCGGGCCACGGGCCGCUGGCCCAGCCCUUAACGCUGCAGGUCCUGGUCGCGGGCAACCCCCAGAAUGCGCGCCUGCGGUACAGCUUCUUCGUCCCUCGACCAGCCCCUGCCACAGCCCGUCCCACGCCCCAGGACUGGCUGCAGCGCAAGGCACAGAUUCUGGAGAUCCUCCGGCGGCGCUCCUGGGCGGGCAGGAAAUAACCCCAUCAUCCCCGCUGCCCUUUUCGGGCACCGGGGCCUCGGACUGAGCAGGGAAAAGGAGGUGGCUCCUGCAGCUGCCUCCACGGACACGCGGACACCGCGGGGAGGGGCGGAGAGGAUGAGGCCUGCCCUCAUCCCUGCCCUGAUGCGCAGGCUGGCCCUGCCCUGGUUUCCUGCCCUGGACGGCAGUGACGGGUGGUGGACGGACGGGGCUGGAGGACAGUACCCUCUCUAAACUGCCCCCUCUGCCCUGCUGGUCACAGGAGGGAGGGGGAAGCCAGAGGGGAGGGCAGUUGUAUUUAUUUAGUAUUUAUUCACUUCUAUUUAGCACCAGGGAAGGGGAUGAGGGCUAGGGUCCUGGGGAAGCUGACUUCCACCCCUCAUAACCCUCACCCUGGCUAGGAAAUCCAGGGUGGUGGCGAUAGGCAUAAGUGAUCUGUGUGUAUGUGAAUGUGUGUGUGUGUGUGUGUGUGUGUGUGUGUUUGUGUAUGAGGUACAUCCUGCCCUGCCUUCCUCUCCCUGAAUUCUGUUUUCUAGGAAAGGAAGAGUUGAGGGUUGGAUAGGCCUUCAGGGAGUAAGGGAUUAUCAUAUUUUUAAAAUAUAUAUUGAAUUUUGCUAUUUAUGUGCUCCUUUUGGAGUCAGAGAGAUGUGGGUUGCACCCUGGCUCCCCGUCUCUGAACAUUAGUUUCCUCGUUUGCCAAUAACAAUACCUCCCUUGGAAAUGUGUUGUGAGGCCUAAAUAAUGUAAAUAAAGAACUAGCACAACACCUGGCACUGGGUCGGUGCCUGGCAGUGACAGCCGCCCUUAGACCUGUCAUCACCUCACCACCCGCUCCGCGGCCCCUGGGGUUCCCAGCGCCCCGGAAGGUGGCACUGCCCGCACCAGUGGUGCCUCCCUUGGCCCCAGGCCACAUUCCUCCGGUUGGCAGGACAGCGUCAGACAAAGGACGGUCAUGUCCCGAUCCCCAGAGACCUCCAGGCAUCAGAGAAGUCAUAAGUACUGGGCUAUAAGCACAACUGGUAAGAGAAAGACCAUGCAAAGGAACAAGCCUGCACUUAGCCACGAGAGUUCUAGGGGGCUCUGGGGCUGGCGGCGGAGGGAGAGCACUGCAUGGGGGAGUCCGGGGGCUGCGUCUGAGCCGGGUUCAGCGUCUUACUAUUUGGUGGCCCGGGGAGAUGGUGUGUGUCGGGGCCCCACUGGGUCGUCCGGGGGGAACAAAUGAUCCGAUGGAAGGCUGAGCCCCGUGGGAGGUCCCCCUGCUGCCUCCUGGGUGAGGUCCGGCCGCCUGCCGUCAGCCAGUGUAAACACAGCAGCCUUCUUGGAAGACGUGACCUUAGGACGGGAUUUAAUAAACAGGAGCGGGACCUGGGUUGGUAGGGGACAGCCCAGGGG